CUACAGUUGUCCUUGCAAGGACGUGGAGAGCAUCUGAAGCCAUCUGGAUAUACUGCGUGAUGUUACAGAGGCCGAGUGGUUAAAGAGAAGAUUCCUUCAACAGGACGACAAAGGUUCAAAUCCCCGCCUCAAGUGUCCUUGAGCGAGACACUUAACACACUCUACCUAACCUUUUCUGCCUCCUUCACAGAUGCCUCCCGUUGAAGCCUGUGGCGCCCGACGGACACAAAAUCAAUCAAAAACAAAGACGUGACAUGGCGUCUCGCUUCCUCAAGUACACCGUGCUUCUUCAGAAGUACAGGACUCCGCUGCUUGUGACGAGCUGCGGCGGGGUCUUCGCGGCCAACAUGUUUUACCACGUUUUCCCCGACGUCACCUACCGUCAGCUCUAUCAGGCCUGGUCCAAAGGAGAACCGGUCACGCUGUCUGAAAAGCUCGAGGAGGUUUUCCAGCAGGUGUUGAAGGACGGUGGUUUCAGCUCACCCAAGAACUUCUCUGCCUUCGCCUCCUUUGGGUUUCAUCCGGUUGGUGCUGGUGUCCCUUGGCUUUCUACCGGGGCCCAAAUUGGCAUCCCAGCGAACUUUAACAGCACGCCCGAGGACCCGAGCGGAAUCUCCAACCGCAACAUCUUCAUCAACGGCAAAAUGGUGGACUGGAGCAGCGAUACCGGCUCGGCUCUACAGGAGGCCCUAGUGUUUUCCCUUGAUGCGCAGAAGUUCGCCAUAGCACGGGAAGCGGCCCGCUUGCAGUCCGGAGGACCUGUAAUGAGUGCGGCUGUGGCCCCGGUCUGUCUGGGUGGGGUCUGGGUGUACAGCGUGCUCAUGAAGCAGUUGUUCGGGAUCCACGCAGGGCCUCCGCUGCUUCGCGGCGGUGUGAACAUUGUGGCGCUGGGGCUCGGAGCCGUGUCCUACUUCCUCACCUCGGAUGCCGUCAGCCAGUGGAUCGACUACAACUCAGACCGCCGUGCGGCGGGGGUGUCCCGUGAUUACGCCAAAGGAGGGGUGGAGUUUUACGACAAGAUUCUGUCCAGAAACAAGACACUGCGCUCCCUGAUGGGGCAGAAGGGAGAAGAGAUGUACGCUCUGAGUGGCAACUUGUUUCCCGCUCACCUCCUUCAGCUGAAACACACAUCAUACACAUCCAGGAGGGAAGGCAUCCUCACUCUGAUGAGAGAGGAAAAAGCUUGAGAAGAAGUGGGAGGAAGUCACCUGAAGUUUAUCACUGAGAAGACUGUUAAAAGAUAGCAGAGUAGAAGUGUUCCUGAGCUUUGUUUUGAAGCAAAAAAUCCUGGCCAUAAGAAUUUCUUAUGUCAUCCUACGUGUGCUGAAUGCUAUUUUGUGCGUUUUAUGAAUCCUGAAGUAGAACAAUACAAAUGACAAGACUUAGAUUUAGUGACCAGCAUGACUGGUGACUUAUUUAUCCAACUAAAGACAUGAUUUAGUUGAUUUCUCAAUGUAAAAAAAAUAAACAUUUUUGAAACCUAUUUCGGAGUAUGUGAUAAAAUAUAUGUUGUUGAGUAGAAGUGAGUGACCAGUCUUUGUCUCGCAGAAUAAGAUGCCCCAUCAGGGACAAUUAGAACCUGUUCGGAAUGAUCAGCGUUGCAAAACACUUUG